AGAACCGUAGAACAGAUAGGUGGCUUCGAACUCACAAAAGGUUACACUCAGGACUUUUAUUUUUUGACUUUUGCAGGCUUAGGUGGUUCUGCUGCAUCGUGGUAAAGAAAGAAAACCAUAAGAGAUCUUACAAUCACAUUCGACGAUUAACGACAGGAAAGUUGUAUUGCCGAAAAGCAGUGCAAUGAGUUGCUAAAACCCGGAGGUUUAAGUUGGAUAAAACUUUUACAGUAGAACCCCAAGUUGCAUACAGAAUUUGACCAGAAUCGCAAAGCCUGCUUCAGUUUCCAGAAACGUUGGAAGAUAAAGGAGGGUUUUACUGGAAGUCGGGCAGGGAAAAGUGAGGUUUCACACGGAAGUCCUUCAAAGGAAAUCACUGCUGACAACUGUUGCAAAACUCUUUUUAAAAGUGUUGCUGCGGAAACAAAGUUUUUACUUGGGUAGCAUUUUUGUUUUGUUUUGUUUUUGAGUUUUGACUAUUCAAGCUAACAAGUGGUAGAAGAGGGAAUUUCUACCUGAUGCUAAGGUCUUUCUACUAGUCAAUACAGAAACAGUUCUGCGCGGCCACCUCCCGCUGCGUGUCCCCCACCCCCUUAGCCUCCUUUGACUGCCAUUCGCAUUAAUUCGCGGCUGCUUCCCAGCUAGAGAGCUCAGAUUGCACCUGCUCCCAGGGCCAGCGGGGGUCCUGUGUCUUCCACACUCAGCUUGUGCUGCCUGUGCACGGACACCGGGACCCACCAGGGGUCACUGCAGCCUCAGAGCUAUUGUGCCCACCAGUGCCUGGCCCCGGCCCGCCGCGAGGAGGGCGUGGGACCCAGACCGCAGAACGCAGGGGUGGGUCGGAGCAGAACUGCGCCCUGCCGGCCUGGAGCCAACCUCCAGGUCUCCCAGGGAAACGAACGCAGUGACUUGGCCACGGCCGCGCGCAGCUCGGGCGCAGCGCACGCGUUCUCGCUGGGACCUGCAGGCACCGGGCCAGACCGACCACCUCCGCCCCGCCCUCCGCCCCUAGCCGAGACCCCGCCCAGAGGGGGCGCUCGGGUCGCGAUCCCGGGGAUCCUGCUGCGGCUCGGUGGCUUUCUGCGGACGCCCGGGGGGGCCGGGGCCCUCUGCACCUGGGUCGCUGCCGCCCAGGGCUCCGCCCCGCGCGCCGCCAAGAACUUUCCCUGGAGCCUCGGCGGCCUUGGCGCCCCGGUGCUGUCGCUCCCGGUCGCCCGCAGGUCCUCCGACGCCCGGCUUUUCAAGACGUUCGGCAGGAGCGGCGUUCGGUCCCCGUGGCAGGGCGUUCGGGAGAGGAGAGCUUGAACUUGGCCAUCUCCGCGGGAUGAGUUCGGGGACCGUCAGACGGAAGCCGCGGCCCGCGACCAGCUGACCUCCCCCUCUCUCCCUCGGCUGGUUUCGGUGAGGAACCCUGGCCGGCCCUCCACGUCCCCGGGCUGGCUGUGAGAGUGGCGGAGGGAGGGAGUGGCGACCUUCGCUGCUGGCCCUGCGUCCCAGGCUGGGGGGGUCGUGGCCACCCCCCCGGACACAAAAGAGAAGCUGAGCGCUCUCCGUUCUGCCUACCUUGUCAGGGGGGUGUGGGGCGGGGUCGGCGCUAGCUGUGCGCGCCUGGUGGGGACUCGGGAGCUGCGGCAGGGGAAUCGCUCCAGUGGGGCUGGCGCUGCGGAGUACCGAGGGGCGUCCGAACCCAGGGAGGGUCUGGAGCGCCCGUCUCGCCCUCUUCGUGUCUCUGGCCGGCCGUCCCUAGCCAGGCGACUCUUGUCGUCCCCAGGUCGCCGCCCCAGUCUUCAGAAGAGGAGCCGCAGCCGCAGGAUGCGCGGGGACCCGCUGCUCCCGGUGCCUAGUUCCGCGGGCGCUUCCCGGGUGGCUCCCGGCCCCUGACGCUCCGGGGCGCGCUCGCCCUCCCGCCUCCGCUCUCCGAGCUUCUCGGGGUGCCCUCGGCUCGACCGCAGGACCCCAGAGCUCGCCCCCACCCUGGGCCCCACCCAGACCCGCGCCUCUCGCCCUCUACACGGCGCGCACAAUAAAUUAAUGCUUCGCGCUUGAGGGGAGGAGGCGGCGGCGGGCACCGCGGUCGCUGCUCUCGCCUUGGCUGGAGACGCUUUCAGCCGACAUGGGCUGUUUCUGCGCCGUUCCGGAAGAAUUUUACUGCGAAGUUUUGCUCCUGGACGAGUCCAAGCUCACCCUCACCACCCAGCAGCAGGGCAUCAAGAAGUCAACAAAAGGUUCCGUUGUCCUUGACCAUGUUUUCCGUCACAUAAACCUUGUGGAGAUAGAUUAUUUUGGGCUGCGAUACUGUGACAGAAGCCAUCAGACAUACUGGCUGGAUCCAGCAAAAACUCUUGCGGAGCACAAGGAGCUGAUCAACACUGGACCUCCAUAUACUUUGUAUUUUGGUAUUAAAUUCUAUGCUGAAGAUCCCUGUAAACUCAAAGAAGAAAUAACCAGAUAUCAGUUUUUCUUACAGGUGAAGCAAGAUGCCCUUCAGGGCCGGCUGCCCUGUCCUGUCAACAUUGCUGCUCAGCUGGGAGCAUAUGCCAUCCAGGCCGAACUUGGAGAUCAUGACCCAUAUAAGCAUACUGCAGGGUAUGUGUCGGAGUACCGGUUCGUUCCUGACCAGAAGGAAGAGCUGGAAGAAGCCAUUGAAAGGAUUCAUAAGACUCUAAUGGGUCAGGCUCCUUCUGAAGCCGAGCUGAAUUACUUGAGGACCGCCAAAUCCCUGGAGAUGUAUGGUGUUGACCUCCAUCCUGUCUAUGGAGAAAAUAAGUCUGAGUAUUUCUUAGGACUAACUCCAGUGGGUGUUGUUGUGUAUAAGAAUAAAAAGCAAGUGGGGAAGUAUUUCUGGCCCCGGAUUACAAAGGUGCACUUCAAGGAAACCCAGUUCGAACUCAGAGUCCUGGGAAAAGAUUGUAACGAAACCUCGUUCUUUUUUGAAGCUCGCAGCAAAACUGCUUGCCGGCAUCUCUGGAAGUGCAGCGUAGAGCAUCAUACGUUUUUCAGAAUGCCAGAAACGGAGUCAAAUUCAUUGUCAAGAAAACUCAGCAAAUUUGGGUCCAUAAGUUAUAAGCAUCGGUACAGUGGCAGGACAGCUUUGCAGAUGAGCCGAGAUCUUUCUAUUCAACUUCCCCGGCCCAAUCAGAACGUGGCAAGAAGUCGAAGCAAGACUUACCCCAAGAGGGUAGCGCAAACUCAGCCAGCUGGAUCAAACAACAUGAAUCGGAUAACUGCAAACACGGAAAAUGGGGAGACGGAAGGAACAACUAAAAUUAUCGCACCUUCACCAGUGAAAAGUUUUAAGAAAGCAAAGAGUGAAAACAGCCCUGAUCCCCAGAGAAGCAAAUCUCAUGCGCCGUGGGAAGAAAACGGACCCCAGAGCGGCCUCUACAACUCUCCCAGUGACCGCACUAGGUCACCAAAGUUUCCCUGUACCCGCCAGCGUAACCUCUCCUGCGGCAGUGAUAACGACUCGGCGCAGCCAAUGAGGCGGAGGAAAGCUCAUAACAGCGGUGAAGACUCAGAUCUAAAGCAGAGGAGGAGGUCCCGCUCCCGCUGUAACACAAGCAGUGGCAGUGAGUCGGAAAAUUCUAACCGCGAGCACCGGAAAAAGAGAAACAGAAUACGGCAGGAGAAUGACAUGGUUGACUCAGCGCCUCAGUGGGAAGCUGUAUUAAGGAGACAGAAGGAAAAAAACCAAGCGGAUCCUAACAACAGGCGAUCCAGACACAGAUCUCGCUCAAGAAGUCCCGAUAUCCAAGCGAAAGAGGAGCUGUGGAAACAUAUCCAGAAGGAACUUGUGGACCCAUCUGGAUUGUCAGAAGAGCAGCUGAAAGAGAUCCCGUACACUAAAGUAGAGACUCAGGGCGAUCCCGUCCGCAUCAGGCACUCGCAUUCUCCGAGGAGUUACAGGCAGUACCGCAGAUCCCAGUGUUCGGACGGAGAGCGCUCUGUUCUCUCGGAAGUGAACUCAAAAACGGAUCUUGUACCACCACUUCCAGUGACCCGUUCCUCAGACGCUCAGGGGUCUGGUGGCUCCACAGUUCAUCAGAGAAGAAAUGGGUCUAAAGACAGCUUGAUUGAAGAAAAACCUCAGUUAUCUACAAUCAAUCUGGCUGGCAAACACACAGUAAAAACUAUAAAAACUAUCCAGGCUGCCCGCCUCAAGACAGAGACUUGACCCCGAGUGGAAAUGCUGUGUGCCCCUGCUACUUCCGAAACUGUGAAUUAGAUACUACCCACAUAUCUUGGACAUGUCUUUAGCACAAGAAAAUAAGCAUUUAAGGUUUAUGUACAGCAUUCUUGUGCUGUGGGGCUUUUGACUGGAAGGACCUUAUGAACUCACUGGAUGUCAGUCUUUCCCGAAACCCCUCCAACUCUGUGCAUCUCAUCUCCAGCACAGCCAGGACCAGAUGGCUCCGAUGAAUUCCCUGGACUCCUGGCCUGCAGACUGGCCUGACUUUUAUCCCCAUAAAGCUGUUUGUAAUAUUGUACUUUGUGGCAUUAAGUCCCAAUUGUUAUUUACAAAUAUUGUAAAGCUGUUAAGUGUUGAUUUGAAUUUAAGUGUUCUUGUCUUGUGUUUUCUGAGAGAGAAAAAGAAAACCUGUUUGGACUGUCACCCCUCCCCCAUGUACCCAAGUUCUGGACCUUUUCCCUGUGCAAGGUGACUUCAGAUAGGGACAAUACUAAGAACCUUCUGUAUGGCCACCGUCAGCUGUCACCCAUCUUUUCCUGUGGCAGGCCAUCUCCAGCCUCCAUGAAAUUCUGCUCCCUCCUUACUGUUUAAGCCUCUUCACAUUUUAAGACAGUCUCACCCUCUGCCCAGCUGAAGAGCUUGUUGACUUGUCCCCUCUAGCCAUUCAGUUUUAUUACAGCCCAGUAAUUCAACUUUGCCCCAUAAAUGCCUCCAGCUGUUCCUGAGGACAUCUUCAGCAUCCUCGUGUUCAUUAAAACCCCUCUCAACUGGGGUAGAUAGCUCAGUGAUAGUGUUUUCUAAACUCAACUGUGGCCUUUAUUUACUCCCCGACACAGAAGCAAGCCAAAUCCAAGGGUUCCCUCCAUCCAGUGUCUGAAGUCUUGUUGUCUCGUCCUUCUCUGCUGUAAUUCUAGUCUGCUUCUACAGGACAUCCUUUGCAGCUCACCUCACUGUGACCUCAUUGGCCCACCCCCCUGGAACCAUCCUCUCCCGUUAUUCCUGAUCUUGCUUUAAUAAAACCCAAGCCUUA